GCUUCAUCUGGAUGAACUAUUUAGACCUAUUCAGCACAUCCGGGCGGUACAGCUCCAACUAUAGUAACCUGAACUACACCCUGCAUCGACAUGAAGACUAUUGGUGAAGAAGCAUCAUCCAUGUUCCUGUUGGACGCCUCCCUGCUGUAUAAAGACACAUGUCCGGAGCUGUCACGGUUCCUCCUGCAGUGGCCUAUGAAGGCUAAGGCACCAGCGAAGCAGAAAUCCUCCAGGCUGCUGCAGAGCACCUCUGUGUGUCCGUACUGUUAUCAGUGGCUGCAGCCUGACAAUCACCGGAUGCGGCUGCGGCCCAAGCGGCGUCCAUCAGCGUGGGAGCAGAGUGUCCUGCUCAGGAAGGCCAGGGGAAAACGGCUCAGUCUGGUGCAGAGAAAUCUGCUGCAACGCUUCCAAAGGUCCUCCUCAGUACUGAUGGCCACCUGCCACACCUGCAGUAAGACAUCCAGACACAAAGGAAUGAACAGGGAGUUCAUAGCUACCCUCGCUAAGAGCCACAGCACACCGGGGAGCGCCGGCAAACACAAGACCCCGCAGUCAACCCACAGAGCCAACAUGACAACCCCCAAGGCUCCUGGCAAAGACAAGACUCCUGCUCAUACUCCUAGGUCCUCCUCUACCACUUCAGGCUCAGGCUCAGGCUCAGGCUCAUCUUCCUCCAAGACUCCCUCCAAAGCUAAAAAUUGGGUCGUCCAGCGUCUCAGCAAGCUACUAAUGCGAGAGGACCACCAGAGCAAGAAGGGGGGCUUGAAAGAUUUUCUUUCCUCACUUUGAGUAUCCUCCUUGUCUUUAUGUAAACUCUUAAAAACAAGGGGUCAGACCCGAAUGUGUAACCUGGUAAUACCAAAGGCUAAGGGGGAACUUUGGUUUCCGAGCCGGUGUGGGAAGGGUUACAUCUUGCCCACCAACAAAGCUAUUGCUGGGCUGUUUGGAAUGGCACUACUGCAUCUUCUGCUGAGCCAGUUGGAGGAAAAUGCUUCUUUGUUAAAUUUAGCACAUGCUUCUUUUAAUCUCCUUAACUGUGGACGUUAUUUUAAGAGGAAGGAUUGAGGAAUUAUUCAGUGUUUAUCAAAUAACUGAGACAGCGCAGCAAACCCAUCGGUGUUCUGCGGUGGCGUCUGUGGCAUGACAAGCUGGUUUACUUACUUGUUACAAGUAUACAUGUAUAUGAUACAAAUAUAGAAAGCUUUUUUGUAUUCAUAUUACUUGAUGUCAAAACUUUUGUAUUUUAAUUUAUUUACUUUAUUUUUUGGCUCUCUCCAGUGGGGAGAUGUGUUUGUGUGAAUUCAUUUGGUAUGAGGUUGGCUAAACGUGACCAGAUUGACAAAUCCAAUACGUCAUUGGAUUUUUGUAACUGCAUGCAAAUGAUUUUUAAACCGUGCAUAGCCAUCAGUGAAGAUAUUUGUAAUUAUCAUCUAAAAUGAGACUCACCAGUUGCUGUUUACAAAAAAUAGGCAAAUCUGCCUAAACCCUGUGCAGAUAGACUUCAAUGUUGUUAAGGCUGUACAUUUUCUUUUAAUACACUUUUUUGGCCAUAGGUUUUUGAAAGGUUAAGGUUGUUUCAUCUUUUUGUUAAGAACAUGAAUUUGAAUAUAUUUACUGAUUGUUUUUUUUACUGCCUGAUUACCUACCUGUUUUCAUUAGCUGUUCAAUGUACAUUAUGUGUUUGAAUCCAGAAAUACCUCACCUAUUUGUAUUCCACCAACACUGUGAUUCUCUGAAAUAAAACCUUUUCAGU